UAAAGUUGACAACGACUGGGGUAUCUCUAUGUUCUAUGCAAGCAUAUUUUUGGGAGAUUAGAGCAGCUCAAGCGAUCGAAGGAAAGAUUACCACGUAUUGUUACCCUUUUACUUGAUCUUGACUGUCUGCAAAUUUGUUUUUCCCAUUUAAAUCCUCAUCUGAGAAAUGCUUUUAAACGACCCAUUCGAAUGAAUGAGUUGCAGUACUAAUUCUUUUUGCAAGUAUUACGAACUAAAGUUAUAUUACUUCAAACUUGCCCAAGAACUGUGAUACAUUGUAAUAUUUGCCAUUACAUAUGUUUUAACAAACGAUUUCAACGUAUUUGUCACUCUCUUACCAUAUUCUCCUGGCGAAGAGUAAAAGGAGCUAAAAAUGGUUUUUUUGUUUUGCUUUGUGAAUGUUUACCUAAAUUCGUUCCUCAAAGAAGUCUUCCUUAAACGAUUCGCACUUUUCUGUUGACUAUUUUAGUUAAUUCAUAGUAUUAACCAAAACGUAAAUUCUUAUAAGAACCUAAUAGUUUUAAACAUCUUAACUCUAAGCCUGAAUUCAAAGGAAACGAUAAUACUCUUUGAUAUGUUUCUUGUGGAAACCACAAAUUACCAUUCGAAUCCCUAAAAAAAAUUAAUCUUGCUCUGGCCCUUCCCCUGAUUAAUUCUCAAUCGAUCUACUCAGUCCCUGAUCUCUAAAUGCGGAUAAGAUAAAGUUAAAUGUGUACUUUCAGCAUUACCAAACUACAAACUCUAUUUGCUAUUAUUUUAACUAUUGAAUUAACAAUUUACAAUGCUACAUUAAAUUUUUGCUUUAUUGUAUUUUUUGAAACAUAAACCAAAAAAAAAUUACCAAAUCAAACCACUCUUCAUACCAACUGACAAAAACUGUAUAAAACCAAAAAAAAAAACAAAUCCUAAAAUCAAAUUUGUUUGAAACGCUUGUCGACUUGAAUACGAAAUCGCGAAAUGCGAAUAUGAAUGUGAAAAUACCUUUGUGUGCCCAAUGACCAAACUGAUCCGAUCCGAACGCAUCCAACGCACCGCCAACCAACCAACCAAACGAAACCCACCUGUAGGCCCUGAUGAACCAGAAGACGAAGCAGAUCGAGGAGGCCAUUGCGGCGGCGCAGACGACGCAGCAGGAGCAGAUGGCCGGCGAGCAGGGCAUUGUGCUGAGGGACUUCGAUGGCGUCCUGCAGCCGAUCAUCGAGUCCUGUACCAAGGACAGCAUCUCUGCAGGGCUUUGGUCAAUGGUUCAACGUUUCAGCAAAAAUUGCAUCUUAUAUAUUUAGUUAAUGAUAUACUACACCACUGCAUGCGCAAGAACAUCAAUGACUUGAAGAACAGCCUCGAGAACGUCGUCAUUCCGAUGUUCUGCAGCGCCGACUUGAUUGCCAGCAACGACCAGCGCCAAAAGUUGGCCAAGCUGUUGUCGCUGUGGGAGUCCAAGGCCAAGUUCUUCGAUGCCUGCGUCAUCUCGAAGCUGCAGUCACCGGACUCGUCUAUGCAGGAGUACAAAACUAAUCUGCAGAACAUGUAUCAUGACAUAACCGCCAAGUUCACGCAGAACACAAAGGUCACACUAGAUAACUACCAAAAACAACAUCAGAUAUUUAUCCAGCAUGCAAGCCAGCAAAUUGCCCAGCUCGAGAAGCAGGCACAACAUCUGGAGCAGCAGAUAAUGGUGGCCCAGAAGUCCCAGCAGCAGCAGCACAUGCUGCAACACCAAGGUCCUGGCGGUCCUCAGCAGAAGAACAUACCAUCGCUGAUGUCCCACCGGAUAGCUAUGCCGGGUGACCGCGAGCACAUGAACAACCAGGGGCCGCAUGAUCAGCAGCAUCCUCAGGCGGGUAACAAUAUGUAUCCAGGUGGUAACUUCCAUCAGCAGCAGCAGCAGCAACAACAGCAACAGCCGUCGGGGAAUCCCUUUGCGGAUCCACGGGGACCGAACUUCUUCAUUCCGGACAUGUCAAAACCACCGCCAGGCUUUGCCGGGCCCAUGCAUCUCCAUAACCAGGGACCACCAAUGGGCGGCCAUCAGCAGCAGCAGCAGCAACAACAACAACAACCGCCGCCGGGACAGUUUCCUCCAAUGCAGGGACAGGGAACCGGCAAUGAACCACCUGUUGACCUGGGGGUUCUCAGUGCAGCAAUUCAGGCCUGCUUGCAGAUGCAGCAGCAACACCAUCCCGAUGACCCACAGCAGCAAGGACAGCAGCACCAACUUCAGCAGCAGCAGCAGCAGCAACAGCCACCACCAAUGGCUGCCUAUCCCCAGAGUCUGGUCAGACCCGGGCAGCCAGCCAGUGUUGAUCAGGAACUGGACCUGGAUGUGCUGAACGCGGCCAUUCGAGCGGUUAUAACCAACAAACCCGAGGACGGUCCAUUGGAGGAUGGUCAACAGCCACUGCAGUCCGUCGAGGGCGAAUCUGGAGAACCUGUUGUGAUCGGAGAGCCGCAAAUACCUACAGCGCCUUACUACGACUUGCCUGCGGGGCUAAUGGUGCCGCUAAUUCGCCUGGAGGAUUAUAACUACAAAUCCCUCGAUCCCGCGGACAUACGACUGCCAGCUCCAGCGCCACAAAGCGAGCGACUGACGAAUGCAUUGAAUGCCUUCUAUUCCGCACCAUCCCACGAUCGUCCCAGGGAUACUGAGGGUUGGGAGAAGCUUGGUCUCUAUGAGUACUACAAGGUGAAGAAUGCGGCGCGAAAGCAAAAGGAGGAGGAAAUCAAGGACGGCAUUCGGGAAAAGUCGCGCUCGCCCAGUCCUAUUGUGCUCGAGAAACCCCUUCCAAAAAAGAGCAACAAGCGUGUUUAUCGAUCCAAGAGUCGCAGUCGCUCCCGCUCAAUUACGCCGCCCCAUCGGGAGAGAUCGCCCUCACGUUCGAGAUCACGGUCGCGGUCCUUAGAGCGCUCUUCAACGCCGCCACCAACGAACCGCAGCAGGGUGGGCGGCGCAGGCUUAGGAGGAAGCGGUGGCAGCAGUCGCAAGGGACGUAACCGAUCGCCUCGCAACGAUCGGGACAGCAACAGCAGUAACAAUCGUGAGAACCGUGUAGAGCGUAGCAAUUCCAAUAGCAGCAACAAUGGCAACAGCACCAACCUAAGACGCGUGGAGCGCGAUAGAUCUCCAACGCCUCCGAGUUUUUUGGGAAGCACCUUCGCCAAGCCCCAGGAAUUCAUCGAGGAAUCAAACAAGGGCCACCAAAUGCUCAUGAAAAUGGGCUGGGCGGGCACUGGCACUGGACUGGGCUCAAAGAACCAAGGCAUAGACACGCCGAUUUCAGGUGGUGAGGUGCGCGAUCGUCGCGAAAUGUACAAGGGAGUGGGUGCCAAUAUGCAUGAUCCCUUCGAGAGCUUCCGCAAGAACAAGGGCGCAGCCUUUGCACAUCGCAUGCGUUCGCGAGACGACAAGAGUUAGGAUCUGCCGCAGGCCAAU